AUGGAGCAGAACAUGAAGCUCACAAGUACAGAAUUUGACAAAAGUAUAAAUGCUGGCACCUCUGAUAAAACAUUGGAAGAUAGGGGGAGUUUUCAAAGGCUGAUUGAAAAACUUUUGUAUCUCACAAUAAGUAGACCAGACAUUUCUUAUGCAGUUCAAUGCCUAAGUCAAUUUAUGCAUGCACCCAAGAGAUCCUAUUAUGAGGAAACUCUACAUAUUGUUAGAUACAUAAAGAGACAACCAGGUCUAGGAAUCCUUAUGUCAAGCAAAGGGACACAACAGAUUGAAGCUUACUGUGACUCUGAUUAG